AGCUGGCGGCUCCCCCGUUGCUAACGGCGGCCCUUAGCAACCGGCCGCCGGGCCGAGCCUGCGGACAGAAAUAAUCGGUGAAACAAGCUGGCUACCUACUGCUCCCGGGUAUUGAUGCUCUGCUGGCGCCGUCCUGCCUGAUCAUGAUGCAUCUGACCUUCAGUGCCAGUGGCUUCAUGGCGAUCUAUCAACUAGGGGCAGCAGUGGCCCUCCACAGACAUGGCAGCAGAUUGCUCAGUAAGAUACAGAACUACGCCGGAGCCUCAGGUGGGGCUUUAGUUGCUGCCGUUCUCCUCGCACAGCCCGAAACACUGGAGCAAUGUAAAGAAUUUACUUUCGAGUUUGCAGCUGACGUCAGGCGACAGAUGUUUGGAGCAAUAACUCCCGGCUACGACUUUAUGAAGCUGCUUAGGGAGGGCAUCAACUCGAUCCUCAAGGCAGACGCUCAUGAAGAAGCUCACGGCCGGCUUCACGUCUCGGUCACCAAUGCCAAGACGCUCCAGAAUUCCCUGAUCUCCUCGUUUCCCACCAGGGACGAUCUUAUGACGGUUCUGCUUGCCAGUAGCUUUGUGCCACUCUAUUCUGGGAUCAAGGCGGUGAAGUACAACGGAGAAUCUUGGAUUGAUGGCGGAUUGACAAACAGACUUCCCAUCUUGUCUGAUGGAAGAACGUUGACUGUGUCACCCUUCAGCGGCAGAUUGGACAUCUGCCCUCAAGAUAGUGACCAAAACAAUUUCUACAUCUCCAUUGCAAAGCAAGAUUUCAUCUUCUCCGUUGCAAAUUUUGUCCGCCUCAGUCACGCCUUGUUCCCACCCAGUCGCGAGAGGAUGGAGUUUCUGUAUCACAAGGGCUUUGAUGAUGCUAUGAUGUUUCUACAGAAUAAAAACUGCUUUCAAUAACU